UGGUGGGAAGGGGAGCAGAGGGGCCGACCAUCUAUUUUAUCUACCCCUCCUGCGCCUCUCACCCGUGCGUAAAGUGCGCAGCCUUCAGGCGAGCCAGGAACAACAACCCAGGAACUUUUGUUAGAUUAUAUAUAUAUAAAAAAGAAUCUCUUAAACAAAAUUGGUCCAAACAUUUACUAAAAUAAAACGUUAGUGUUUCAAUCAUCUGAACAAUUUAAACAGAAAUAAAAUUAAUAAUCGAAAUAAUCAAAAAAUUCUGCAUUUUGUUAAAUAUUUGUACAUUUUCUUUAGUUAUUUGGAAAAAUCUUGUAACCACCACCACCAAAUGUAAUCAUCUUUGUUGAUUAAACUUUAGAUCUCAAUGAAAUACAAUAAAAAUAGAAUAUUCUAUUACCACAUCUGUUUUAAAAAAUAUUUUUAAUGUUUAUAGAAACAAGCUCUGAUGUACAAAACAGUUUUCUAUUCUGAAUGUUUACACACUUUUGUGUUGACAUUUUUUCUUUUAUCCCCAAUCCAUACUUUCAUUUUCCAAAUCUGCUUGAUACUUUUAGGGUUGCUGGAGCCUAUCCCAGCCUUGGUGAAGGUCUUCACCUUUCUGUUGAAGGGCGACACAUCCUUACAUGUACACCUGGGACAAUCUAAUUGGUAAAAUGACCCACAAUGCAUCUCUUUUUGGACUGUGGAGGAAACCAGAGUGAGAAGACAAAACCAUCAUUCCCCCAUCACCAAAUUUCACACUCAGCAGUCCAAAAUGCACCAUUCUCCUGGCAACCUCCAAGCGUGAUUUAUCACUCCAGAGAAGGCGUCUCCACUGCUCUAGAGUCCAGUGGCGGCAUCCUUUUUCUUUUUCUUUUUCACCCAAAUCCACAUCCCCACAACAUUGUACUUUAAUAAAGCUGUUUAUUUAAAUGACUUAAUUCAUGAUCAUACUUUAAAAUGUCCUCUAAAUAUCAGUUGACUCAUGCAGUUGUCUAGGCAGCAUUAUGGGAUGUUGAUUCCUGCUUAGUAAUGUCAGGAUCAGGAAACAAACCGAGCAAGGAAAUCCUCCCGCACGUCAUCUCAUCGCCACCAGAUGGCAGCAGAGAAGUUUGAAACACUUGGAAUUUACAGAUUUUACUGUAAGAGUUCUCAAACUGAAACUAUGCCUUCUAUGAUAAUAAUAAAAUAUAAAAAGUCAUGUUUUUCACUAUAUUAUCACAUUUAACCCUCAAAAUGACUAAAUAGAUGCUUGUAAUCCUGGAAAGGGGUGCACCAUGAAGAUGUCCUUCAGAGUGCAGUGACCUCAUCUUGGAGUGGAGACUAUAUUAAAAGAAGGUAAAGGACGAGUCGGAUCAUCAUGUCGCUCAGGUACACAAAGCCUAGUGCAGUGUAAGCAGAGAGCCAGGACUGUGGCGUGUGGAAAUUGCUAGUGAUGGCAGACAAUGCAGCAGUCCGGGGCCUGACCAGCCCUCAGAGGGACACGGGUCGCUUGACUGCGACAACAGCCCCCCGUCUCCCUCCCUUCUUUUUGUAACCUGCCAUAGGAUGGGCUCAGGGAGGAUGCUAAAGUUUGCCAUCUGCGAGGUGCUACAGUUUGCGGGCUUGUGCUUGCCGCUCUUCAUCGUCAUGCAGAGGUUUGCGGUGAUCAUCGCAAAGGUCAAAACGUCCGCUCGGCCGCCGGGCGACGGCAGCACAGCCUACUGGCUGAUCGUGGCGUCCUCCAUCGCCUACGUCACCUCCGCCGCUCUGCUGGUGUGGGUUCCCCUGAAGUCCCUGGUCUUCAUGAAGAAGAAGUUUCUGGUCGGGAGGAAGAAGUGGAGGCCGGUGGCCCUCGUUUAUGUGAUCCUCUCCACAUUACCUUGCUUUGCCUUUCUCAUCGCCAGCUCUGAGGUGCAGAUAAAUAACAGCAUGAAACAUGAUACGUUCACAGAGCUCCCGGUGUCAUUAGUCCUCUUCUCGCUCAUCUGCAUUGAUGUCGUGGAGAGGAUACGUCACUGCAGACUGACGGGCCAGGCUAAUGAAAUAAAUAGAGAUGCUGAAAUUCCCUCCACUGUCCUCACACAUGUGGAGCAGGUUACACCCAUGACGCCGAUUUCCCCGGCUGUUCCAGGGCCAGCCGUGCCCGGGCAAACUAUGCAAAAUCCAGCACAACCUGGACCGAACCGUCUAAACGACAGGAACCAGAAUGGGGCAGGAGCUCGACCGGAGAGCAACGGGACAGUUCUGGGGGUUCCAGGGACAAACGGCAGACCCUUUACCAUUUCAGGACUGAGCCAGGCGCCGGCUAACACCACAGCGUACGAACUGUCCCCAUACACUCACACGGGGCCUUUGAGGUUCCUGUGUGCCAGCGAUGCCCGAGCAGACGUGUUUGUGGACAGUUUCAUGUUCUGGAUGGACACAGUGGAGAUGGUGAGAGUGGCAGGACACCCUCUGGUCUACUACUCAGGCUGGGUAUUCCCCAUCUACAUCUUCAGCUACGUCUCUUGUCUGCGCGUGGUGGUGAUGCCCCACAGCCCCCUGCUCUCCUCAAUGGGAGUGGCCCUGCAAGACUUACCCUUCUUCUGUGUGCGCGCCGGCCUCAUUGCCUUCUUUGGCUUUGUCACACCCAUCCUCUACCUAAUGAAGAAUCUCCUGAUCUGUCUCGCCUUUGUCUACUUCAAUUUCAUGACCAAGCUGAGGGUCUUUAACACAGAGAGGGUUUUCUUUUGAGGUGGUGACCUCAAGCACCGGAAGUUGAGACAAAAAAACUUCUCCUGAAGUGUGGACUUUCUUCAAGAGACUCAAAGGGUUCAACAUAACUCUAGGUUUCACUGCACCACAGGUGGAUGCAGAAAAUGACAGCAUGUAAUUGCACAUUUUCACCUUGGAGUUACAGAGAAAUACAAACCUAAAAUGAUUCCUACAAAGAUGCUUUCACAAUAAGGAAGCACAUUAAAAAACAAGGAUUGUCGUAAGAUGACAAGAAUAGAAUUUGCUUCUUUGGAACUGUCAUGGUUCAGAUUCUUGACUGAAGGGAAUUUUUGUUCACAGAUUUCUAAAUUUUUUGUGUAAUUUCCUCAUUUCUUGGGAAAUCAAGUUUAAGGUCAUUAUGAUCUAUAAUAAAAAUAGUUUGGACAUCUUUAAGACCCACUCCAAUAAUUUUUUGAUCUAAUCUAAAAGCAUUCCUAGUAGUAUCAAAAACCUGUGACAUUUUCUAGGACUUACACCACGGUCCAGAUCCAUUCAUCUUCUUCCACUCA